AUGGCCCUGGAGAAGUUACCGGCUAGCAUCUGCCACAGGCACAUCACCGUGAUCACUAGGAACCAGUCAGCGCUGGCAGCAGUUGGACAGCCGCGGCAGCAAUCCGGCCAAAGCAUCAUACGGCAAAUCUACGACUUGGCCAGGCUGCACCGACAAAGAGGGAACUCGGUCAACUUUCUGUGGAUACCAGCGGAGAUUGACUUCGCGCUGGGGUCAGAUGCCAAGGCAGCAGCCCAGAGAGCGUCGAAGCAAGGACGCACACCCGACUCCCAAAUACCCCAGGCCAAGUCUACCGCGAUGAGGCUGGCAAUGGAAAGACAACGGGCGACAAGAGUUCUAUUUGUAAGCGUGGGCAAGUUCUCAAAGGCCAUGGACGCAGCACUACCAGACAAGCACACGCGCCAUCUCUAUGACAAGCUGAAGCGAAAGGGAGGCCUGCGUAUUGGCGCAGCUCCGAACCGGAAUGGCGAGACUAAACGGUUUUUUGAGCAGGAUUGGGGCGGUCGAGUCAGACCUUUGUGCCUGUGGACAAGCGAGGGAAUCAGUGGAACACUUUCUUUUCCGAUGCGUGAGAUGGACAGCUCUGAGGGAAGACAUGCUGCAAUGCACAGUGGCAAGACGAGGAAGCCUCUCGUUCUAUCUGGGAGGGAAAGCGCCAUCGGAUACAAGGCAUUGGUCACCAGAUAUGAAGGCAGUCCGGGCGACGAUCAAAUACGCAAUGGCAACAGGAAGGCUGGAGCUGAAUGA